AAAAAUAAAAGUAUUCUUGAAUGGAAAAGGAAUAUAAAUUUGGAAGGAUAUGGAUAAGAACAAGUCUCAAACUUAUAUUUUGAGUGUAAAUGACUUUGGCCAGAAAAUCUGUACAUCACAAACAGACCCUAAUGAAAAAUUCAUUCUCGAUGAUGAUGGAAACAUGACUGAAUUCUUUCCCGAAAAAUCAAUGGGCACCGUCAAAUUAGACCCACAUGGUAACAUAAGUGAGGAAGACAGUAAUGACACUAAUAAUACUGAAAACCAAGAUAUUAUCACUCUGGAAGACCCCACUCAAUUAGGAAUAAUGAAUUCUUUGGAUGGUGUGUCUGAAUUUGAGGAAAACCUAAUGAAUGAAUUGGAUUCUGAUUUCAUGAAUUUGGUACCCAACCCUCAGUCUCAAUACAUAAUGCAGCACAUGGAUAUCAGAGAGCCUCUAUCAAAAUUGAGGAAGCUCAUUGAGAAUAGGCUAGGUGUGGGUUUGCAAGGUUAUGUUUUUGCUCUUCAGGGUGUUCAGAUAUUGGAAGAUCAUAAGAAUCUAGUUGAUCAAUGUGUACAGGGUGAAGGCUUAGUCCAAGUUAAUGUUCAAGUUCAAACAAAUGUCAAGAGAAUCAAUAUAAUUGAUGUACUGAAACCAGCUGAGGACUAUGUGCACAUAGAGGAUAUGGAUCAGGAAGAAAUCUCUGAAAAGGAAAACAUUGAGGAAACACCUGCUCCAGCAACUGAAGCCAAACCAAAAAAUAUAGUACAGUGGCAGGUGGAUACAAAUUAUAAAAAAGAACAGGAGAGAUUGAAAAUCCCCUCUGAUCCCAAAGAAUGGUCUACCCUUCACGUACGUCACUGGGUACAAUGGGCGGUGAGACAGUUCAAUUUGCCCAAUAUCAAGUUGAGCGAUUGGUGCAAAGAUGGCAAACAAUUGUAUGAGCUGACCAUACAAGAUUUCCAAAAAAUAGUACCCAGUGAUCCGGGGGAUGUGUUUUGGACGCAUCUGGAACUGCUGAGAAAAAUGAAAGUAGUUGCGACCAAAAAGGAAGACCCACCCAAGAAGAUUGUACCUAAAGUGAUGAAAAUUAAUAGGAUACCGGUGACCAAAAAAGACUUGAAAAUACUGAAUUAUUCGACAGCAGUUCGAUAUUUUGACAUUCCCAAUACGGGUACAAGUGGUAAUAAAACUGGCAAUAAUGGUCAAAUACAGUUGUGGCAGUUCCUUCUAGAACUGCUCACAUCAAAAGAGUACAAAUCUAUCAUCCAGUGGAUUGGCAAAGAGGGCGAAUUCAAAUUGAAUCAUCCCGAAGUGGUGGCCCAUCUAUGGGGUGAACGCAAAAACAAACCGAUGAUGAACUACGAGAAACUGUCGAGGGCUUUACGGUACUAUUACGACGGCGACAUGAUUUCCAAAGUGCACGGCAAAAGGUUCGUCUACAAAUUCGUGUGCGAUUUGAAACAACUUUUGGGAUACAGUGCGGUCGAAUUGUCGAAUUUGGUUCGGACCGGCAAUCCCAACGGCAGUCCGGCUGAUUUUUAUGGGCACUAGUCUUUUUUUUUUUCGGUUGAUUGUUGACAGGAAAGUAGUUUUAUGCACGACCGGGCGUAAAGUAGCACUUCACUGCCCAGUUUUGCGGGCGUAAAGUGGCAUUUUAGCGCCCGCAAACAACUUCAUUGCCCGACGGGGUACGUAUGUCAUACAUUAGAAGUUUUCCAACUCGCAGUUGCUAAUUGUUAUGCUGUUAUAAUCGAUUAUUCCCAAUCUACCUAAAAUAUUUUAGUCCUCCAGCUAUAUAGGGUGUGUCAGAAGUCGGCGCCAAGUUUCUCAUUUCGAAUAGAAAUCUACCUUUUUUUUUACUUGAUUCGAUUGGCCUUCUAAUUCUGAGUAUAGACAUGGAUAUUAUUUACGUAAACAGUUAGAAAACGCGUUAUUUUGCGAAACGAUUUUGUGGACUGACUCAAGUUUCGAAUCGUCCUCUACGCCACGUUACGAAUUGUGUAAAAUAAAAUAUUACAUAACUCGUGAUGAAAUGUUGAUUUCAACAUCAGUUACGUAAUAAACAUAUGGAUUAACGAAAAGAUUAAUGCAUUUUGUGCAGCUUCCUAGAUAUCACUUGGGGAAAUUUGAACUCAAAAUCAGCCAAUUUCCACUAAUGAAGAUAUAAGCGAGUCUAUUUCGUGAAGAUCGUCACUGAUGUGACUGUAACCAUAUUUUUGUUUGACGGAUA